AAGCAUAUGAAGUUUCAACCACUACCGCCGCUUGGACUUCACCUCCUCCAUCUUCACAUUCUCACAAUUAUUGGAAACACACGAGAAAAGAGAGAGAGAGAGAGAGAGAGAGAGAGAAGAAAGUCUCAAUCUUUUCUUGACAACUUGAAAAAUCCAUUUUUAAAGCAAAGAAGUGAUUCCUAUAGAAAUCAGUCAUAGGCAUUCACUUUGAUUCCAAGAAAGCAACUGAGAAAUAUUCUUUCUUCUUCCUUGUAUUCUUGAAUGGGUUUAGUUUAAUUCUUUUCUCUUUGCUUUGCUUUCCUUCGACAUUUUCUCUGGGGUGUUGAUCUCUUCUUCAUGCAAUGCUGGGUGAUCAGAAUGAAGUUCUUGAUGUUUUGGUUGAUGGGUUUCACUUAUUUCUGUGUAGAUGCUUGAAGAGGUUUGUGCUUUUAUAAGCACAAGUUCUGACAGUUGAAAAAUGGCGGGGGAGAUUGAAGAGCCUCUCGCGCUAAAUUUUCAGAUAGGUUUUCUUCAUUCUGGCUCGAUCUCAUUCGGAAGGUUUGAAAAUGAAUCUCUAUGUUGGGAGAGGAGGUCAACCUUCUCACGUAACCGGUAUCUUGAAGACGUCCAGAAAUAUUCAAAACCAGGUUCAGUUACGGAGAAAAAAGCUUACUUUGAGGCCCAUUUUAGGAAGAAGGGAUUUCUUGGUUUGAAUUCACCCGAAUGCCAGAAUGAGACAGAAUACCAAACUGGCGAAAAUGACAUCUCAGAGGAGAUGGGAAAUGAAGAGGACAUUAAUCACAUGAACGGUGUAACCCGUUCUGCUCCCUCCGACGAAAUCAUGGAUGGUUUGGUACAUGGAGGAGAGCAUGAGGUUAUGGAAUGUGAAACAGAAGGUUUUGGAACAUUGAUUUCUGAUCAUCAAAGUGAACUUGAGACUGAUUGUCCCAACAAUGUGGACUAUGUUCCUGGACAUUUUAAGAUAGAAGAAGCAGAUGAUACUGAACUUGGAGUUUUGCUUCCACUCAAUCAUAAUUCGGGGAGUGGAACAGGAGAAAUUCGUGAUGGUGAAACAGCUGAUUCGGAUACAAGCCAUGUGCCAGAAAUUGCAACUGGCUCGUUCACUGAGAUUCAUGCAAAUGACGGAAAUAGUGAUGCCAAUCUAACAAUCCAACAAGGUUCAUUGUCCAAGGAGAAGACUCCACCUGAGCUUGAAUAUAUGCAGCCAAGAUUGGUGCCUCGAGUUAGUGUUCAACAGAGGAGAAGAUACACAUCCAGGAAUGCAUCUAAACGCUCAGAAAGCAAAGCUAAUAAAACAGUUCCAUUGAGAUCCAAAACAGAAAAUAAGACUUUGGCAGCUACUAACAAACUCCCAAUGCACAAAGCACCAGAAUAUGAGCCCGCUUCAAAGAAAAAGGAAGUUUGUCAGAUGAGAAGAGCGGAAAACAGAUCAAUAAACAGUGUCAUUGCGGUGCCUCAGUCUUCUAUAUCUACUAAGGUUUCCUGUAGAGUGCAUCAAAAUGGAAACAGGGUCACACCAGCUGUUGGUCGAACUAAGCCGUCCACGAGACAGGAUAAUUCUAGGUUCAAUCUCAAAAGUGAUGAUCGCGCACAGAGAAGGAAAGAGUUUGAUAUGAAAUUAGAGGAAAAGAUGCAUGCAAAGGAAGCCCAAUUGCACCAACUUCAGGAAAUGACAAAGGAAAAGACAAAAGCUGAGAUUAAGCAGUUGAGAAAAAACCUCAACUUCAAAGCUAUGCCCAUGCCUGCCUUUUAUCGUAGAGCUGUACGUGAGCGAGACAGAAACGAGGCUAUAGGUAGUGAUGUCAAACCAUGGCAGCUGCUUUGCGAAUCUUCAAGCUCAGCAUUGAGUGCCAAGGUUGGAACAGGACAAGCCAUUUUAAUCAAAGCACCUACAAAGACAAGUGAUCCACAACAUGCCUCGGGAGCAACCAGCUGCUAUUCAACAGUGACUUCAGACAGCAAUGCAGAAACUGGCAACUGUCUUCCUUCACAAGCUGGAAGAAGUCAUCUGGUAAGUCAGAAGAAAGAAGUAUAUAAGGAGAAACAUACAAGUGUACCCAAGCAUAAAGUAGCCGAAUGCAACCAGAUCUACAAGGGAGAGACCUUUGACAGAAUCCAAAAGACAAGAACUGAGAGGAGUACCCGCACCUCGUUGUUCAAGUUUAGUUCAAGAAGAGGUCAGGUGGCAGUCGACAUGACCUCUUGAAUGUAGUGAUGAUCUUCUAUCAGGACACCACGCCUUCUGUACUGGUAUCAGUGUCGGGAUUUAGGCAAAUACUCAUUUAGGCAAAUCAAUCCGAAAGAGAUGCUAGUACUCGUUUAGGCAAAUCAAUCAACCUGUCUGCCUUCAGCUUAGUGGUAAGCCAUUUAAGCGGUUGCUCUUCACGUUGUUCAGCAUAAGAUACUGCAUUAUUAGUUUGAUAAACAUAAACUGGAAGCCUACUGUAAGUCAUUCCGACAUUGCAACCACAAGAGUCCCUUGUAUGUGACCUGUGCUGGAUGAUGAAAAUUAAAAGGUUGGGCUUAUUUGUCAUAUUACA